AUGCAUACUACGAAUUCAAUUUCGGCUCGUCAACGUUGGUGCAAAAGCCACAGCAUUCGCUCAACAAUUAUCAGCCAUAUUAUGGAGCAAACAGGAUUGAAAAAGUCUCAAGACAUUACUGCUGACCUGGAGAAGAGUAGAAUAAAAAGAAAUUCGCUACAGCUCGAAAAUGUUGUUUCUAACAUCAAACAAAACAUCAAUCCCUUUUCAAAUGAUUUAGACAAAAGUUUGUUGUAUAAUAUUUCAACAGGUCAAGCAAUACAACCGAACAUUGAACAAUUUUUGCUGAAUGUAGAGAAUCUUGGAAAUGAGUUGCGAGAACAAUUUAUAAAAGAAUGUUCUGAAGAUGCAGAAAGAUUUGAAAAGGCGAUAAAAAGGAACAAAAUUUUGACCUUCGUGGAUGCAGUGCCGAAGAAAAAAUUAGCCAUUUCUGGUAAAUUAAUAGAAGUUCGCAUGCAACGCGACUUAUUUGCACAGUUGCUUUUAAUUUCUCUGGAGCAAACGUUAAACAUUGAUAAAGUUCUGUCGUAUCCACUAACACCAGUUCCCUUAGCUAUGUGCCAUGCAGAUGGGAUAAUUUGUAAAACGGAUAAAUCAGUUUUAUUAAAAAUACUCGAAAAAGAAACUGACAGCAACACACCACAAAGAUGCGACGUACUUAUUUAUGAUGGCUUUUUUAUGCUCCAUGCAUUUCAAGACGUUCCAUCUACAUUUGGGAAUAUUUCAAAGAAACUAAUACCAAUGUUCACGAAUAAUCAUGCGCGCAUUAUUAUAGUUGCAUUUGAUCGUUAUUUUUCGCCAUCGAUUAAAGAUAUCGAGCAUUUGUUAAGAGGCAGGGUUAGAGGUCAACAGUACCGUAUAAAUGGGCCCGAUCAAGUACGCCCAGCUAAUUUUGCGAACGAAUUGAAAAAUAUGUAUUUCAAAGCAGCCCUAGUGGAAUUUCUUUGUGACCACUGGGGAAAUAAUUAUAUGGCGAGCUACAUAGGCAAUAAGACAAUUUAUAUCAACUACGAGUUUUGUUAUAAAUAUGAAGUACAGAAUAAUGAAGUUCUACGAACCCUCGAUCACAAUUUAUCUUGUCCGGCUCACGAAGAAGCUGAUACGAAAAUUGUAUUUCACGUUUGUGCGUUAGAUUUCGAUGCUCACGUUACGAUAAGAUGCUCAGACACGGAUAUUUUCGUGAUAAUGCUCGGCAAUAUGAAUGCGAUUGCCAACGAUAUGAAAAUAACUAUGCACAUUGGUUCCGGAAAUUCCCAAAGAUUCGUUAAUAUCACGAAGUUAUAUGAAAAAUUGGGAACCGAUUUGUGCUCUGCGUUGCCAGGUUUUCAUGCCCUCACAGGCUGUGAUUUUAAUCCCGCAUUUUAUAGGAAAGGGAAAAAAAAGCCUUUACAAUUGUUGCGAGAAUCACAGGCGUAUAUGCAAGCGUUGGGGGAUAUCGCGAAUAUUCCGAGUCGUGAAUUAGACGAGGUCUUCAUAACGAUUGAAGAAUUUGUUUGCCGCUUGUACGGGUAUAAAUCGAUAAACGAUGUCAACGCUACACGCGUUGCUACCUUCGCGAAAAAUUAUCAAAUUAAUGAGAAAAACGACGUGCUCAAGUGGAAAAGCCGUAUUGACGGGGCGAUCUUCCCGCCAUGUAAAUCCGAGCUACGCCAGCAUUUACUGCGCACGUCAUACAUAGCGCACCUUUGGAGCCAUGCUCACCUUCAAGAUCCAUCUCAAUUAUCUCCCACGGACUGGGGAUGGGAAGAAAACGACGACAAAUAUGUCUUCAAAUGGUUCGAAGGAGAUCAAGUACCCCUGUCAGUCACCAGUAUAACGGAUAGCAGCGAAAAUAUUGGCGAUGACGGUGAAGAGAAUCGAGGUCAAGAACUCGAUCAAGACGAAGAGAACGAUGUCCUGCAGGACAGUUCGGCCGAUGAUUCGUCAGACAACGAUGAUGAUAGCGAUACCAACGAAUAA